AUGGAUGACACACAGCUCCCACCGCGUGUCCCCCAGCAUCGACGAUCUAGCUCGGGCGGCGAUCCUUUCCAGCCCGCAGACAUUUAUUAUGGCGGUGCUCAAGCGGUUGAACGAGUAAAGAACCGCCGCCGUGCUUUCUCUUCGAGCUUGAAGUCGUUCAACCGCCAAGACCUCCACGAUAUGCUGGGCGACCGUAAUACAAGGCGUGGUAGCAUGGACCCCACAUCUGGCAACCCCAGGAAAUUCCUUGUUGACGUCGACGCCACGUUGGAGCAUUUACUAGAGAGAGAGGAUUCUGACAGAAACCAGCAAAUCACCAUUGAGGACGUUGGUCCUAAGGUUUUCUCUCUAGGAACAGCAGCGUCCUCUGGAUACAAUAAAGUCGACGUCCGAGGCACAUAUAUGUUGUCCAAUCUCCUCCAGGAAUUAACGAUUGCCAAAGAUUAUGGCCGCAAGCAGAUCGUCCUGGAUGAGGACCGUCUCUCAGAAAACCCGGUUUCUCGACUCUCGCGCCUAAUUAAAAAUUCAUUCUGGGACUCUCUUACUAGGAGAAUCGACGGGUCCAAUAUCGAGGUGGCCGGAAGAGAUCCUAAAGAUUGGACCGAUGAUCCUCGGCCACGAAUUUACGUUCCGCCUGGAGCUCCCGAACAGCUGGAGUAUUACAAGCGGAUCGCGAAAGAGAGAUCUGAACUACGUCUUGAGGUUAUAGAGCUGGCGGCAGAUAUCACGCCAGAGUAUGUGCGAGAUCUUAAUUACAAGCCUGGGCUUCUCGCCUUGGCCAUGGAGGAAAAGGUUGACCCAACCACCGGGAAGAAAGACUUCUCUGGAGUACCCUUCGUGGUUCCUGGAGGCCGCUUCAAUGAACUAUACGGCUGGGAUAGUUACAUGGAGUCUCUGGGGCUCCUAUCAAGCAACAGAGUUGAUCUUGCCAAAGCUAUGGUGAUCAAUUUCUGUUUCUGCAUCAAGCAUUAUGCGAAGAUCUUGAAUGCCAACCGUACAUACUAUCUGACGCGCUCUCAACCGCCCUUCCUGACUGACAUGGCCUUGCGCGUGUAUGACCGUAUCAAGAGCGAACCAGGCGCUUUGGACUUCCUUCGGGAGGCAAUAUUAGCUGCCAUUAAGGAGUAUUACAGUGUGUGGAUGUCCGAGCCACGUCUUGACCCCGUGUCAGGUCUGUCACGGUACCGCUCGCCAGGUAUUGGAGUACCUCCAGAGACAGAGGCGGGCCACUUUAUCCACCUGCUUACUCCCUACGCCGAGAAGCAUGGCAUGCAAUUCAAGGAAUUUGUCCAAGCGUAUAACGCCGGCAAAGUCGAGGAGCCGGAACUGGAUGACUACUUCAUGCACGACAGAGCAGUCAGAGAAUCUGGGCAUGAUACCAGUUACCGCCUGGAGAGAAUCUGCGGUCACCUCGCCACGAUUGAUCUCAAUUCUCUUCUAUACAAGUACGAGGUCGAUAUUGCUCGAGUAAUCCGGGUUCACUUCAAAGACAAGCUUGAGAUUCCGGUUGAAUUUAGGACACCGGCUACCAAGGAUAUCCAGAGUGAGUCAUCGUCUGUGUGGGAUCGCCGGGCACGCAGGAGAAAGAUGAGAAUGGACACCUAUAUGUGGAACGAAGAGAAGGGGAUGUUCUUCGAUUAUAACACAGAGACACAAGAAAGAAUGGACUAUGAGAGUGCUACUAGUCUCUGGGCGAUGUGGGCUGGACUUGCAACGCCGCGUCAGGCCUCUGAAAUGAUACUCAAGGCGCUUCCCCGCUUUGAAGAAUUCGGCGGAAUCGUCUCAGGAACGGAAGAGUCACGCGGUGCCGUUGGCCUCGAGCGACCCACUCGGCAGUGGGAUUACCCAUACGGAUGGGCGCCGCAACAGAUGCUCGCGUGGACUGGAUUCUGCCGAUACGGAUAUCAGGAAGACGCCGAGCGACUUGCGUACAAGUGGCUGUACAUGAUUACAAAAGCGUUUGUUGAUUUCAACGGAGUUGUCGUCGAAAAGUACGAUGUAACUCGACCUAUUGAUCCUCACCGAGUUGAUGCCGAAUAUGGCAACCAGGGUGUUGAUUUCAAGGGUGCCCCCCGAGAAGGCUUCGGCUGGGUCAAUGCUAGUUACGUUUACGGCCUGGAUAUCCUGAAUGCCCAUCAACGACGGGCUCUCGGUGCGGUCACCCCAUGGGAGACUUAUAGCAAGGCCCUGUCUUCACAGGGUGACAGCGUCCUUGGAUAG